AUGUUGCCUCAACUUCGAAAAGAACUGGAAGAUUUACGUUAUCAAUUGGCUCUUGAAUCUGACUGUCCAGCCAACUCAGUUUACAGCAAUACUGUUAUUGAAGGACUUGUUAAAAUUCGACCAACAAAUGAGGCAACAUUAGAGCUAGUUGAAGGCUUUCCUGAACAACGAAGAAAACAAUUUUUAACUCCAAUUACUCAACUUAUUUCAAAGUUUUGUUCAGUGAAUAAUAUUUCUACAGACUCUAAAGAGGCUGAAAUUGAGUUUCCUGAAGAUUUGGAAUCCCUUAAAAAUGGAUUGACUUUAACGGAGAAAAGUUAUUAUCAUGCUCAUGUUCUUUAUAAUCGAUCAUUGGAAGAAACUUCUUCAUAUAUGAAAGCUACUUCAAGUACAGUUGCUAAUCAUCUUUCUACUGCAGCAAAACGUGGUUUACCUUUACAUUUAAAAACGCUUGGAAUAACUUUGGAAUUAAUUGAAAUUGUUCAUAAUAAAAUAAAGGAGAAUGGAAGAGACAUAAUUCGUCUAAAGCCUAUAAUGGAAUUAUUGCCUGAAAAUCUUGUCGACUACAAUCGUUUAAAAAUAAUAUUUUCAAUCUUGGAAUAUCAAUAUGGAAUUGAUACAAGUGAAAAUGAAAAUUUAAAUUUGAAUGAAGAUUUAAAAAAAGGAGGGGAAGAAGAGGGUGAAGGAGUGAAUGAUGAAGAAAAAAAGGAGGAGGAGGAAGAAGAUAUAAUUUCAAUAUCCUCAUCCCCUAAAAAACGAAAAUUACCUUUUUGGUUAAAUUCGAAAAAAAGAAAUGGGGGCAAAAUUGAUGAAGAAAAUUAUGUUUAUAAUACAGGGGCAACAACAACAACGAAAAGAAAAAAUUUUAAACAAAUUAAAAUAAAUAAUUCAAUAUUUUCUUGA